AGAAAAGAAAAAAGAAAAAAAGAAAACAAAGAAAAGAAGAAGAAGAAACGAAAAAGAGGAAUUUAUGUUUAUGUUAUCUUUUUGAAAGUUCUUCCAUAGCAUAGAGUUCAAUUUAGACUGGCUCAAAACGAAGAAAACGGGGGCGCUGAGUCUCCCGACGGUACCCAAGAAGGUAGAGAAGCCUGCUGGUGGAUUCCUUGGUCGGCUAUGGGUUGCUUCGGUUCACCCAGCUCAAAACAAUCUGAUUUAAAUUCAGAAGAUACGAGAAGCCAAAAACGGCGCAGCGAUGCAAUAUCUAAACAAUUGCAAAAAGAUAAACAACUCUAUAGAGCCACGCAUCGGCUGCUGUUAUUGGGUGCCGGUGAAUCUGGAAAAUCAACUAUAGUCAAACAAAUGCGUAUACUGCAUGUGGACGGUUUUUCAGAGCAAGAAAAAAAACAGAAAAUUGAUGACAUUAAAAAGAAUAUACGUGACGCUAUUUUGACUAUUACUGGUGCAAUGAGCACAUUAAAUCCACCUAUACCAUUAGAAAAAAAAGAGAAUGAAGCCAGAGUUGAAUAUAUACAGGACUAUGCUUCAGGUCCAGAUUUUAAUUAUCCGCCAGAAUUUUAUGAGCACACAGAAGAAUUAUGGAAGGAUAAAGGUGUUUUAGCGACAUAUGAACGGUCGAAUGAAUAUCAAUUGAUUGACUGUGCAAAGUACUUCUUGGAUCGAGUUAGCAUAAUAAAACAACCAAAUUAUACACCAAAUGAACAAGACAUACUAAGGUGUCGUGUUUUAACUUCUGGUAUAUUUGAAACACGAUUUCAAGUUGACAAAGUCAAUUUUCAUAUGUUUGAUGUAGGAGGCCAACGGGAUGAACGUCGCAAGUGGAUACAAUGCUUCAAUGACGUUACUGCAAUUAUUUUUGUAACUGCAUGCUCUAGUUAUAAUAUGGUUUUACGUGAGGAUCCAACACAAAAUCGUUUACGUGAAUCUUUGGAAUUAUUUAAAAGCAUUUGGAAUAAUAGAUGGUUGCGUACAAUAUCCGUAAUUCUCUUUCUUAACAAACAAGAUUUGUUAGCAGAGAAAAUAAAAGCUGGUAAAAGUAAACUCUCGGAUUAUUUUGCCGAAUUCAAUAAAUAUCAAACACCAAGUGAUGCAAUAGUCGAGUCUGGAGAUGAUCCUGAAGUCAUAAGAGCUAAAUAUUUCAUACGUGAUGAAUUUUUGCGUAUUUCUACUGCUAGUGGUGAUGGCAAACAUUACUGUUAUCCGCAUUUCACCUGUGCUGUAGAUACCGAGAACAUCAAGCGAGUAUUUAAUGAUUGUCGAGAUAUAAUUCAAAGAAUGCACCUACGUCAGUAUGAAUUGUUAUAGGUUUAUUCUACAAGAAAACACUUAAUAAAAGUAAUGUGCAAAUAAUACAACUAACCAAAAUGCAUUUUUUAACUUUACUUCCCAUACCGGCAAUACAUAUACAU